CGCCGCAGGGGCACCGCGCCCCUCCCCGCCAUCCCCGUUCCGUCCCGCCCCUGCCCGGCGCCGCUGAGCGCCCUCGGCCCCGCCGGAGCUGCGCGGAGAAACGUGCGGAAGGACACCGGAGGAGAGUGUGACAGAAGCUGUAGUUCCGGCCGCGGUCGGGCCUUGUUUCCCAAAAAUAGCGCGGCGCGGUAUCCGUGCGCCGGUGUCAGUGUCUCCUGAGGAGCCGCGGCGGGAGCGGAGCGAGCGGGAGCGGCGGUGCUUAUAAGAAGAAGUAGGAACCGUUUCUCAAGCUGAAGACAAAGUAAAAGAAAACUGUAUCAUGUGUUAGAACACUGAAGAGGGACAUUUCUCGGAUUAGUUUAUUUCUGGAUUGCUAAACAAAAGAAAGAAGAGGCGAAAAUGGGGAGAAAGAAAAUACAGAUCACGAGAAUAAUGGAUGAACGGAAUAGGCAGGUCACCUUUACAAAGAGGAAGUUUGGAUUAAUGAAGAAGGCCUAUGAGUUGAGUGUGCUCUGUGACUGUGAAAUAGCACUCAUCAUUUUUAACAGCUCUAACAAACUCUUUCAGUAUGCCAGCACUGACAUGGACAAAGUUCUACUAAAAUACACAGAAUACAACGAGCCCCAUGAAAGCAGAACCAACUCAGAUAUCGUUGAGGCUCUGAACAAGAAGGAACACAGAGGGUGCGACAGCCCGGACCCUGACACUUCAUAUGUGCUCACGCCACAUACAGAAGAAAAAUAUAAAAAAAUUAAUGAAGAGUUUGAUAAUAUGAUGCGGAAUCAUAAAAUCGCACCUGGCUUGCCUGCCCAGAACUUCUCCAUGUCGGUGACGGUUCCGGUGUCCAACCCCAACACUUUAACCUACAGCAACCCCGGGAGCUCCCUGGUGUCCCCGUCGCUGGCCGCCAGCUCCUCGCUCACGGACACCACCAUGCUGUCCCCGCCCCAGAGCAGCCUGCACCGCAACGUGUCCCCCGGGGCGCCGCAGAGACCGCCCAGCGCCGGCAGCGCAGGUGGAAUGCUGGGGACAGCUGAUCUCUCAGUGCCAAAUGGAGCUGGUACCAGUCCAGUGGGAAAUGGGUUUGUGAAUUCCCGAGCUUCACCAAGUCUACUUGGUACCAGUGGUGGUGGGAACGGCCUAGGCAAAGUCAUGCCUACAAAGUCCCCACCUCCACCAGGAGGAGGAAACCUUGGCAUGAACAACCGCAAACCCGACCUCCGUGUCGUCAUCCCACCCUCCAGCAAGGGCAUGAUGCCACCACUGUCGGAGGAGGAUGAAUUGGAGUUGAACACCCAAAGGAUAAGCAGCUCUCAGUCCACGCAGCCCCUGGCCACCCCGGUGGUGUCGGUGACGACUCCGAGCCUGCCCCCGCAGGGACUCGUGUACUCGGCCAUGCCCACUGCCUACAACACUGAUUACUCCUUGACUAGCGCAGACCUGUCUGCCCUGCAGGGAUUUAACUCCCCAGGAAUGCUGUCCCUGGGGCAGGUGUCUGCCUGGCAGCAGCACCACCUCGGUCCCGCGGCCCUCAGCUCUCUUGUCACUGGCAGCCAGCUAUCUCAGGGUUCAAAUCUCUCCAUUAACACCAACCAAAACAUCAACAUCAAAUCCGAACCCAUCUCCCCUCCCCGGGACCGCGUCACCCCCUCGGGGUUCCCGCCGCAGCAGCCGCAGCCGCCGCAGCCGCCGCCGCCGCCGUCGCGCCAGGAGCUGGGGCGCUCCCCGGUCGACAGCCUGAGCAGCUCCAGCAGCUCCUACGACGGCAGCGACCGCGAGGACCCGCGCAGCGACUUCCACUCGCCCGUGGUGCUGGGGCGGCCGCCCAACGCCGAGGAUCGCGAGAGCCCCUCGGUAAAACGGAUGAGGAUGGACACGUGGGUGACAUAAACCCGCCGUGUCGCCCUCUCAGCUUUGUGUUCUCAAAAUGAACUGUCCUGACAUAUCUAAAUUUAUAAAUAAGGACGUGAAUAAGUAUAUUUAUAUGUAUAUACAUACGUGCAUAUAUAUAUCUUCACAUGCAUAUAUAUGUGCUAGUGUGUGUAGCAUACACCAAUCAUCAGGCACUUACGACAAACUCUUGUAUAGCUGCAGAUGUCCCUUGGUAAAAGUAACAGAACAAUCCCGUAGGUUUGAUCUCUAGUCUGGCACUUACCUGGACUCGUGUGUGACCCCAGCCCGGCCCCGCGCAGCGGCGUCCCCGCAGUGUCUCCUCCUCCUCCACACCCACCCGAGCGAGGGCUCGCCUGUAGUACCGUCCCCGUGUGUAGUCAGCUCUAUGGUUACUCGUAGUUAAGAAAUAAUUGCUUUGUAGCAGCAGAGCAGUAGAAAAGCAGGAAGAAGAAAGCAAUACUGUACAUAAACUGACCUUUCUAUUACCCAACCUGGCAUGGGUCUCUAUUGCAGAGGGUGCAUGGAGAAGGGCUGAUGCUA